AGAGCAUUGGAACCCAUGACGAGGGGAGGAUACAGGCGUCUAUACCACAAAACAGGAGCCGUCUAUCGAGCUGAAGGUGGUGUGCCGCUCGCCCUCCCUCCUCGGUAUUUAAUUAAACUGCUCUCCGGUUGACCAUGAGUGCCGACAGUGAAGUGGUGCGUUCGUCCCUGGAGGAGCUGCUUCACCACCAUGCCCCGGCAGCAGACCCAAGCAGCAUAGAUGAGAUUGUGGUGAGCUAUGUGAGCGGCGUGCUGGAGGAGGUGGCUCUGGACCAGGAGGAGGUGGACGCGGCCGGCAUGAAGGAUGUGAUGGCAGCUUACGUACCAGAGUUUGAGACACUUUCCGAGGAAGCGGUGACGGCCUGGGUGGUGGGAAUGGUCCACUCCAUCAAUGAGCAGAGGGACAAAGGUAAGGCAGCUAAAGAUCUCACCUUGGACAACCUCAUCUCCACGUUCCCGGUGCAGACUCGUAAACACCUUAACUCACAGUCCCUCAGUGAGACCAGCGAGAGGUCACAGAAGCUCUCAGAGACCUCCAGUGGCUCAGAGGAACACAACAGUACCAGUGGAGAGGAGCAAGACGAGUAUUCGGAAGGUCUGGCCACCCUUCUGGAGAUGUUCCCCGGGACGUGCAAUCUCGAGGUGCAGCACUGCCUGGCCAGCUGUGGGGGGAACCUGGAGCAAGCCACCUCCCUCAUUCUGCAGCGCCAGGAGCAGGGCAUAGCCAUCAAACCCUCGCCAGCCUCAAAGUUGGUGACAGGGGCCAAGGGGAACAAGAGCCAGAUAGAUGACAAGGAAGUGAGGAGCUCCAUCCUGAACCGCUAUGGCUUUGUGGACCACGAUGAGGAUGUCCGAGAGCACAGACCAGUUGCCCCUAAAUGGGAGGGUAAGAAGAUGGUGCGCUACCGAGACAACAAGGUGGUGAGCAUCAAGGGGGAGCGCUACACGGAGAUCAAGAAGGAGGAGGCCACGGAGAUGAAGAAGACCUAUGUGCACCUCAAACCCGGCAAGCAGUACCGGUUCCACUGAUCCACAGGGAACAAACCUUACUUGGUCACUGCCGCCCAGCCCUUCAGAGUGGGAGGCGUGGCAGGCUGCGCGGGCCGGGGCGGUAAGGUUUGUCUCUGUCAAGGCUUUUGGAAUUGUCACAAAUGCGGGGUGUGUGGGGCGCGAGGGGGCCUCCUGCGGGGUCCGGGCAGGUCCACGGCCGCCUGGCUCCGCGUGGUGUGUUUUGCGGUGAGGAUUCUCUUCACUUUUCGGUGUUGUUUGUUAGUGUCGACUAGUGACUGUAUCGAUGUCUGUAACUUUCUUGUUUUGUUAAUGCUUACUAGAUACCAAAGAAUUAGGAGACCAUUUAUUAUAACAUUAUAUUGUAAGAACAACAGAGUGAGAAAAAAAAUAGAUCUCAAAAUACCACCAGUAAUAUUAAGUUUAUCGGUAGGAUCGCAACCAUCGGAUUUAGUAAAUUUUUAUACUGGUUCAGCAAAAUCUUUAACUGGUAAACUUCGCGUUAAGCUUAACGUCUUGUGGUGUGUCGCCGUGACGUAUAAACGAUUAAUAAGUGAAAUAUUUUCCACUUUGGGAAUAUUCAUUACGAAGCAUAAAAGUGCAUACAGUUUAUUACAUAAAGGUUUUGUAUUGUAAUACUGGACGUAUGUAAGCAAGAAGACAGCUGGUUAGUCUCCGUGGAACACUAGGUGACUUGUACUACUUGUCAAUCUCGAGGGGAAGUGAAAAUGAUUAAUGAUAAAAUUAUGUAUCAUAUGCAAUAUCUACUUGCCUGUUAUAAGAAAUUUUCUUCUCUUUAGAAUUAAUGGUUUUAACUGGGAAUUUUAUUUUCCCAUUGCCAUCAGCAUCCAUAAGCAUUUUGCAGCUACCAAUACUGGUGUUACCAUUCAGCAGAAUCUCAAAUUUAUUUACCAGAAUUAUUAUUUAUUGUUUCCAUAGUUAAGGCCCGCAGCUACUCUUGCUUUAUAUCUAUUGUUAAGUUAGAUUGCCUAUUUUUGCAUAAAGCUGAUUUUGUGGUACAUUAUUUCUAAUUCUAUUUAUUUUUAUUUUAUUUAAUUUUAAGAUUAAGCAGCAUCUUUUGUCAACGAUACCAAAUAGUUACAUGACAUGUUGCAAUAUAUGUAUAUACUCUGUUUUAUAAAAUUUUGUGACUCAGGCUUGAGCUAAGUUAGAGUAACAUUGAUCUGUGGUUGUGUUGUAAUACUCUACGAGGUGAGGCCGUCAGCUGGCCCCACGGACCUUGUUAACUUAUGGAUACUAGUGUUGGUAAACCUGUGCACAAACUUCUUAAUGCAUUACUAUUAAUGAACAAAUAUAUACCAGUAUGCAUAUGUAAUUUGUUACUACAUUGCUUUUCAAGAUACAGCUGCUGACCAAGAACAAAAUUUCACAUUCCACUGGCUGUUGGACAAAAGAGUAUUAGUGUGGAGUUUGGCUUCAUGUUAGUUAGUCUAGACUUCUGCAGUAUUACAAAGAGACUAAUGGACCCAUUUAAGUGUGGCUGGCCAUGAUCUUCCUCCCAGCGCCGCCGCCACCGUCACUCUGGAUGUUGUAACUCGGCGGCUUUGUCUGACAUCUAUGGUGAGGCAAACAAAUGUUGUAGACAAAUUUGUCUGAUAUUACUUUACUGUAGUUUAGGGCUAAAGCAAUUUUUGAAUGUUUAAAGCUGAUAGUUUAGGUGUUCAGCUAUGUGAUCUUAGUAGAUAGUUAUGUUUUUUGUUUCCUUCCUACACAUUUUUUUUUUAUUUGUGCAGCUAACCAUUUUCAUUCAUCUGACAAAAGCAUUUUUUCCAUAUCAUUUUUUCUUGUAGAAGUUUUCAUUGAAUGCUUGACAGUCUUAGAGGAGCCUACAUUUGCAAUGAAAGGCAGCUGUUUACAGUCAGUGGGUUAAAUCUUCAGCAUAAUUAUCACGUUUCUUAGUAUAAGUAAGAAAAUAUGCUAAGCAAGUGCUGAGCACUGGAGUGUGUUAUGGUUCCCUUUCCUCACUGCUUGGUGUGAGGGAGGGACUUGCUGAUGCAUGCUGUGAAGGCCCCGGUCCAUGUGCUUCGGUGAUCUUGUUAAAAUAUUGAAGGGGUCUCCUGAGACACUGUUGAGCAUUUACAUCUAACUUGUAAAAAUAGAUUAAAGUAUUAAGUACAUCUAGUCUAACAAAAAAACUGAGCAAUGGAAUAUUGGAAUGGUCUUGAUAUAGUGGCAGGGGCAUGCAGCAUGACUUUGGAGUUAGUAAGAAUUCGUUGCUACCUAACAAGAACCAGAAUCAUUUUAUUUGUGGCAGUGAAAUGUAGCUUUAGUACAUUGCAGUCAGAACAGUGCUGUAAUUUAUCCUUAUCCAUGACAAAAUUGCAGCUGGAGUCAUAGUGGCUGGAUGUGAGCCACAGGACGUGCCAUAGGAUGCCAAAUUUUCACCAUUUGCCAAAAUGUAAAUGUUGAGGAAGUGUUUACAACUUUUAACUACUUGAACUUUCUAAGGAUUAAGUUCUUUAAAAUGAGCAUGGUUUAAUUGUGAGGCAUACAUUUAUUAAAACUAGAAAUUUCUUGAA